GUCUUAAAUCCGUUUUUUUCUGGCAGUACUUGAAUGCAGCGCAUGAGCUAAACGGCAGUGGAGGAAGUCUGUCGCAGCAGCGUGGAUAUGUCGGACCCGGCGGCACAGGCCUUACAACCCCGGCUUCUCCAAGCCCAGUCGACUGGGUCAGGGGGGUCUGGUUCUGCUGCGACAGGCCCCGGGCCAGGGAAUAGCGACCCGGCCAGACCAGGACUUAGUCAGCAACAACGUGCAAGCCAAAAGAAAGCUCAAGUCCGAGCUUUCCCACGGGCGAAAAAGCUUGAGAAACUUGGCGUUUUCUCCGCAUGCAAGGCUAAUGACACAUGUAAGUGCAAUGGAUGGAAAAACCCGAAUCCUCCAUCAGCCACACGUAUGGAUCUGCAGCAGCAAGCAGCCAGCCUGAGCGAGCCCUGCCGCAGCUGUGGACAUGCUCUGGCUGAUCAUGUGUCUCAUCUGGAAAAUGUGUCUGAGGAUGAGAUUAACAGGCUGUUGGGGAUGGUGGUUGAUGUGGAGAACCUUUUUAUGUCUGUACACAAAGAGGAGGACACAGAUACCAAACAAGUGUAUUUCUACCUUUUCAAGUUGCUGAGAAAAUGCAUCCUGCAGAUGAGCCAGCCAGUCGUAGAAGGGUCCCUCGGAAGUCCACCAUUCGAAAAGCCCAACAUUGAGCAGGGUGUUUUAAAUUUUGUUCAAUAUAAAUUUAGCCACCUUGCUCCAAAGGAGAGGCAGACCAUGUUUGAACUAUCAAAGAUGUUCCUUUUAUGUUUAAAUUACUGGAAGCUUGAGACGCCAACACAGUAUCGUCAGCGUACCCAGAAAGAUGAUGGAACUGCAUACAAAGUGGACUACACCAGGUGGUUGUGCUACUGCCACGUCCCACAGAGCAACGACAGUCUGCCACGCUAUGAGACCACACAGGUGUUUGGCCGAAACUUACUCAAGUCCAUCUUCACCGUUACACGGCGCCAGCUCCUGGAGAAGUUCAGAGUGGAGAAGGAUAAGCUGCUGCCAGAAAAACGCACACUUAUCCUCACACACUUUCCCAAGUUCUUGUCGAUGCUGGAGGAGGAAAUUUAUGGUGAGAAUUCACCUAUAUGGGAGGCAGAUUUCACCAUGCCUGCUUCUGAUGGGACACAGCUGGGACAUCAGACAGUAAUCAGCCCUGCUUCAGUGUCUGGCUCUGCUGCUCUGUCUAAGUGUCUGAUCAGCAGCUCCUCUAUAGGCACAGGGGAGAGUGGAGGUGUGGAGCCCGUCACAGGGGAAAAGCGUAAACUUCCAGAUGCAUUAACAUUGGAGGAUGCCAAGCGGAUCCGUGUGAUGGGAGAUAUUCCUAUGGAACUGGUCAAUGAAGUCAUGAUGACAAUCACUGACCCUGCCGCUAUGCUUGGACCAGAGACUAAUCUGCUGACGCCUAAUGCUGCUCGUGAUGAGACCGCCAGGCUGGAGGAGAGACGGGGCAUCAUAGAAUUCCACGUCAUUGGAAAUUCACUUUCACAGAAGUCCAACAAGAAGAUCCUGAUGUGGCUGGUUGGCCUUCAGAAUGUCUUUUCUCAUCAAUUACCUCGUAUGCCCAAAGAGUACAUCACACGACUGGUGUUUGACCCGAAGCACAAAACCCUCGCCCUUAUUAAAGAUGGCCGCGUCAUUGGAGGCAUCUGUUUUAGGAUGUUUCCCACUCAGGGCUUCACAGAGAUAGUCUUUUGUGCUGUCACAUCCAAUGAGCAAGUUAAGGGCUAUGGUACCCACCUAAUGAACCACCUAAAGGAGUACCACAUCAAACACAACAUCCUUUAUUUCCUCACUUACGCUGACGAGUACGCCAUUGGCUACUUCAAGAAGCAGGGGUUUUCCAAAGACAUCAAAGUGCCCAAGAAUCGAUACCUGGGAUACAUCAAAGACUACGAAGGAGCAACCCUGAUGGAGUGUGAGCUGAACCCAAGAAUCCCUUACACUGAGCUUUCUCAUAUCAUUAAGAGGCAGAAGGAGAUUAUUAAAAAGCUGAUCGAGAGGAAACAGAGUCAGAUCAGAAAGGUUUAUCCCGGUCUCACCUGCUUUAAAGAGGGCGUGCGACAGAUCCCAGUGGAGAGCAUCCCGGGCAUAAGAGAGACAGGCUGGAAACCCUGUAACAAGGACAAAGGGAAAGAGGUGAAGGAUCCUGAUGUGCUAUACAACAUGCUGAAGAACCUCCUGGCCCAGAUAAAGACUCAUCCUGAUGCCUGGCCCUUUAUGGAGCCAGUAAAGAAAUCUGAAGCUCCAGAUUACUACGAAAUCAUCCGCUUUCCCAUCGAUCUGAAGACAAUGACAGAAAGACUCAAGAACAGAUAUUAUGUGACCAAGAAGCUUUUUAUUGCGGACCUGCAGAGAAUCAUCACCAACUGUCGCGAGUACAACCCACCAGACAGCGAGUACUGCAAGUGUGCCAACACCUUGGAGAAGUUCUUCUACUUCAAGCUAAAAGAUGGAGGCCUGAUUGAAAAAUAAAACACCACGAUAAUGCAGAUGAUGGGGAAAAUAUUGUUAGUUUUCCUAACAGUUAAAAUACAAUAAAUUUUGCAAGAAUUACCAUGAAACAAAAAGAUCAGAGCCAGUUAAGCAUUACAUGUGUCAGAUGACAUCUGCUUACAGUUACCUUCUGACAUUUUCCGUUUUCCAGCACUCAUCAGGGGAGUAAUCUUCAUUAAAACUAAAAAGCUUAAUUGAGUGUACCAAAGUUACAGGUCCAAGGUUUAAAACUGCUUCUUUCUAUCAUUAUUUUUACAAAUUAUUGGUCCAGUUUUGUUAUUUUUGAUAAUGAUUGUUUAUUACAGCUUGUGUUCUUUAGGUUAAAAACAUGUCACAGGAGCCAGUGUAUACAGAAUUACAUUGCAGAAAACUGGACCUCGGGACCUAAAGCCAUGUUGCCUUCAGUUACUGACAGACACUUGAACAUCCCAGCCAACAGUGAAGAUAAAUGUUAUGAGCUGAGACGUACAGAUUCACUUAGUGGGAUGUUAAUUGAACAAAUGUUGCUCAAUUAUGAGGUGAAAGAAAACAGUUUUUUGGGGGGGUUGGCCAAAAAAGUGAGUUUUUUGGGGUUUUUUCUUUUGCUUUUGGGUGUGAAUUGAGCAUUUUUUUUAUUGUUGAUUUGGAAAACAAGCUAUUUUAAUCUCGUUUCUGGUGUCAUUUUUCAUAUUAUUUACUCCAAACAGAUCAUUAAUGAAAGCAAACCUACAUAAAAAGUAAUUAUUGGCUGCAGUUUAAAGCAAUGCUCGUGAAGGUCUGGGCGUCAAAUAUUUCCAGAUACUCUGUGCCAAAAAAAAAAAAAAAAAAAUCUCAACAUUUACCUUCAAAUAAAUCAUGUUUUUAUGUU